UUAUAUAUAUACAUAUAACAGUGAACGUUGUCGUAUUGCUAUUCGUGCAUUUUCCGUACUCGUCCCGAAACACUUGCAUCUGGCAACAAACUUUUUUUUUUUUUUUUGGCACAUUUCUCUCGGUUUGUUUUUCUUCCCUGCAAUGUUUUAAUUUGCUUGAAUUCAUAUGUAAUUGUGACUGAAUGUCGGCGGACGCUGCUGUUUUAUUAAUUGUUGAGCAGGCGGAGGAGAUUCAGAAGUGGAGGCGGUGAUCGAUUUUUUUUUUUUAAUUUUUUUUUUGGCGUUUUCCGGUGAGAAAUGAAAAUGGGGAAGAAGGUGACGAUAGGAGUGUGUGUUAUGGAAAAGAAGGUGAAAUGCGGCUCCGAGGUUCCGUUUUCCUUGUCUUUCAAAUUUGAAACCCUGCACCAUUGUUCCGAACAAUAUCAUCAGCUUUCUCAGGGCCGAUGCUGCAAAUUUUGGAGAGACUACAGGCCUUUGGUGAAUUUGAGAUCGUUCAUUUUGGGGACAAGGUGAUUCUUGAAGAGCCUAUUGAGAGAUGGCCUAUAUGUGACUGCUUGAUCGCCUUCUAUUCGAGUGGGUAUCCUCUGGAGAAGGCUGAAGCAUAUGCUGCUCUAAGGAAGCCUUUCCUCGUAAAUGAAUUGGGGCAGCAGCAUCUUCUUCAUGAUCGGAGGGAAGUGUACGAGAGGCUUGAAAUGUUUGGAAUUCCUGUUCCAAGAUAUGCCCUAGUUAACAGAGAAUUCCCUAAUCAAGAGCUGGACUAUUUUGUGGAGGAGGAAGAUUUUAUUGAAGUUCAUGGAAAUAAGUUCUGGAAGCCUUUUGUGGAGAAGCCUGUUCACGGUGAUGAUCACGGUAUAAUGAUAUACUACCCUAGUUCAGCUGGUGGGGGAAUGAAGGAAUUGUUCCGGAAGGUCGGUAAUCGCUCAAGUGAAUUUCAUCAAGAGGUCAGAAGAGUGAGACGCGAAGGGUCUUAUAUAUACGAGGAAUUUAUGCCCACUGGGGGAACAGAUGUCAAGGUGUAUACAGUGGGCCCUGAAUAUGCUCAUGCAGAGGCAAGGAAAUCUCCUGUAGUCGAUGGAGUUGUUAUGAGGAAUCCUGAUGGUAAAGAAGUCAGAUAUCCUGUUCUACUUACUCCUAUGGAGAAGGAAAUAUCGAGAGAGAUUUGCAUAGCAUUCCAACAAGCUGUUUGCGGCUUUGAUCUCUUGCGUUCAGAGGGGCGUUCCUAUGUUUGUGAUGUUAAUGGAUGGAGCUUUGUUAAGAACUCUUACAAAUAUUAUGAUGAUGCUGCAUGUGUUUUGAGGAAAAUGUUUCUUGAUGCAAAAGCACCACAUCUUUCUUCGACAAUUCCUCCAAUUCUGCCGUGGAAAGUCAAUGAACCAGUUCAACCGUCUGAAGGACUAACGCGUCAGGGAAGUGGGAUAAUUGGGACAUUUGGACAAUCUGAAGAGCUUCGUUGUGUAAUUGCCAUUAUUCGUCAUGGCGAUAGAACUCCAAAACAGAAGGUGAAGUUGAAAGUUACUGAGGAAAAGCUUCUAAAUCUAAUGUUAAAAUAUAACGGGGGAAAGCCUAGAGCAGAGACGAAGCUGAAAAGUGCCGUUCAAUUGCAAGAUCUUUUGGAUGCAACACGGAUUUUAGUACCUCGUAUUAGACCUGGUCGAGAGAGUGACAGUGAAGCUGAAGAUAUUGAGCAUGCUGAAAAGCUACGUCAAGUGAAAGCUGUGCUUGAGGAGGGUGGGCAUUUCUCUGGCAUUUAUAGGAAAGUCCAACUUAAGCCAUUAAAGUGGGUCAAAGUUGCAAAAAGCAAUGGUGAAGGGGAAGAUGAAAAGCCGGUUGAGGCUCUAAUGAUUCUUAAAUACGGUGGUGUUCUUACUCAUGCUGGCAGAAACCAGGCUGAAGAACUGGGAAGAUAUUUUCGGAACAAUAUGUAUCCAGGUGAAGGUACUGGACUGCUUCGUCUCCAUAGUACGUACCGUCAUGACCUAAAGAUAUACAGUUCGGAUGAAGGCCGUGUACAGAUGUCAGCAGCUGCUUUUGCUAAAGGUCUUCUAGACUUGGAGGGACAGUUAACGCCUAUCUUGGUUUCACUCGUAAGUAAGGACUCUUCCAUGUUGGAUGGACUUGAAAAUGCCAGUUCUGAGAUGGAAGAAGCUAAGGCAAGGCUAAAUGAGAUUAUUACAUCUGGAAUAAAAAGUGUGAAUAGCAAUCCAGAAAAGCCUUGGAUGGUAGAUGGGGCUGGAGUUCAUCCAAAUGCCUCUGAGCUUCUACCCGAACUGGUGAAGUUAACAAAGAAGGUUACGGAACAAGUAAGACUUCUAGCAAAGGACGAAAGUGAGGAGCUUGCAGAGGCGAGCUCCACCGGUGUAAUUCUACCUUAUGAUCAAGCUAAGGCACUUGGUAAGACAAAUAUAGACGUUGACCGAAUUGCUGCAGGUUUACCCUGUGGUAGUGAGGGAUUUCUUCUAAUGUUCGCUCGAUGGAGAAAACUUCAGAGAGAUUUGUAUAAUGAACGCAAAGAGCGGUUCGAUAUAACACAAAUUCCUGAUGUUUAUGACUCUUGCAAAUAUGAUCUCUUGCAUAACGCACAUUUGAAUCUAGAAGGCUUGGAUGAACUCUUCAAAGUAGCUCAGUUACUUGCAGAUGGUGUUAUUCCAAAUGAGUAUGGGAUCAAUCCGAAGCAAAAGCUAAAAAUUGGAUCAAAGAUUGCUCGUCGUUUAUUGGGUAAAAUUUUGAUUGAUCUGAGAAAUACACGUGAAGAAGCAAUAAGUGUUGCAGAACUGAAGAGUGCACAGGAUAUAAAUCCGUCUGUCCCUAUCGGAGGAAGAGAAGAGAUAGAUCAACGUUUUAAGUCUCAGAGUAAGAUGGAUUUAGCUGGAAAAGGUAGUUUUACCAGUGAAAAGUCAAUGGAUCAAGAAGACGACGAAGACAAAGAAACUAAAUACCGUUUGGACCCAAAGUAUGCGAAUGUGAAAACACCAGAACGACACGUGCGGACACGGCUAUACUUUACAUCAGAAUCCCAUAUCCAUUCGUUGAUGAAUGUUCUUCGUUAUUGCAACCUGGACGAAUCUCUUCAAGGAGAAGACAGCCUUGUAUGUGAUAGUGCUUUAGAGCGGUUGUGUAAGACAAAGGAGCUUGAUUACAUGAGUCAAAUUGUACUUAGGCUAUUCGAGAACACAGAGGUGGCUUUGGAAGAUCCGAAGAGAUUCCGCAUCGAGAUGACUUUUAGUCGAGGCGCAGAUUUAUCCCCUUUGGAGGGUAAUGAUAGUGAGGCGGCUUCGUUUCACCAAGAGCAUACAUUGCCAAUAAUGGGCCCGGAGAGGCUGCAAGAAGUGGGGUCGUGUUUAACUUUGGAGAUGAUGGAGAAGAUGAUCCGACAGUUUGCAAUGCCUGCUGAGGAUUUUCCUCCACCGUCGAUUCCUCAGGGAUUCUCUGGCUACUUCUCCAAAAGUGCAGCUGUUUUAGAGCGCCUUGUCAAUCUUUGGCCAUUUAACAAGCACUGAAACGCGGCAACUAGUAAGAUAAUUUAAUAUUUUGCUAAAUUAAUAGAAUUUUGUCAGUCUAAACUGUAUUAAUUUAUAGAGGUUUACCUGUAAAAACAUUUUAAUAAUUUAAUUGAGUUUCGCGAUAAGGUCAAUCUCCAUCAAAUAUUAUGCUCUUUGGUAGCGACU